CAAGAAUCAUUGUUAAAUAAAGACCUAAGUAUCUAUUCGAUAUAGAUGAUAUCUCACUUAAAUCGAAGAUCUUAAUUAUUUCUGCUGAUGUUGAAGAUAAUAACAAAGUUCACUAGCUGUUACACACUGUGCAACGUAAUAUGUACGUUGUACAAUGAUAAAUCGAUCGACGUGUUAAUUAAUCACUGUACAACUCAAUCAAUGGGGAAAGCAAUUCGAAGAAUUGUGAUUAAUCGAUAUGAGUAGCCUCGUAAAAGUUUUAUUUUCUAAAAUACGAUGAUCAAAGUUAGUCAAGCGUAAUUGUAAAGAAAUCUGAAUCACAUUUGUUUGUUAAAAUAAGAGUGGCAAUACUUUGUUGGGUAAUUUCCAAACAGUUCAUAUCCUUGUAAAGUAACGUUGAACAGCGAAAGCUCGACGAGCCAGUCAUGGAGAAGGGGUCAAAGAAAGAAGAGACGCAACAAGAUACGACGAAAGUAAGAGAUUAUAUCGCGAAGCUACGACGAAGUAGUCGCAAUCGAGAAUCGUAUGACGAGAUCGCAGAACUCGAAGCUGAGCUGCGAAGGGCGUACAUUACGAAGGAGCUGCAAGCGCAAAUCCUAGAAAGGGAGACCGAGCGUUACAUCGAGAAUGUACGGAAACAACAAGCCGCAGAACUGAUGCGAUUGGAACAGCAGGCGGUCCUCGAGGAUGAUCUUCGCCAAAGAUCCGAGAGCCUCGAGAAGUCGGAAGAUUACAGGAAAGAACUGACUAUUCAGAUGAAACGGAAAGAAGAAGAGAAGAGUUUGAUGAUGGAGGAAGCUCGCCACGAGAGAGAAGUCUUAAUAGAAAUGGAUAGAAUAAGAGAACAGCAUGAAGAACUUAAAACGCUUGAGAGAAAAAACCAACUGGCUGAGACCUUAAGGCGAGAACGUUUAAUUUUUCAGGAAAUUAGGCAGAUUCGUGAGGAAGAGGAGAGGGUAGCUGAGGCGGAGAAACUUUACAAGGACGACAAAUAUUUAAAGGAAAUCGAUGAAAGAGUUAAAAGAGUGAGAAACCUUUACGAAGAACAAUUAAGAAGAAGGGAACGAACAAUGAGUAAGAUUGCCAACAUACUGAUAAAUGCAGAAACUAGAAAAAAAGAGAGAGAUAUUCUGAUAGACGAAUUGAUAGCUGAGGAUGUAAAGUAUGAGUCGUUGCUGAAAGAGGAAGUGGAAAAUAUUCAAAGGAAGAGGAUGAGAGAGGAAUUGGCGGCUAAUUUGAAAGAACAAAUUGUUUUCACAGAACAGUGUAAGUUACGAUUUGUUGAGCAAGAUAGAAUGUUCGCAGAAGAAAUUAUGCGAAAAAUUAUAGAGGAUGAGAAAACUUCCAGACUGACUGCUGCGGCUAGACGUAGAAUGCAGCUACAGUAUCGAGAGGAUUUGGCUCGAUUGAUCGAAACCCGACGUAAGAUUCGAGAAGAAGAGAUUUUCAAUACUCAGGAAACUGUUAAAGAAGAAAAGAGGCGAGAAGAAGCUAAUCUAGAACGUAUUAAAGAGGAUAGAAAACGAUUGCUGGAAAAGCACGCGUCGAAUGUUGGUGACUUUAUUAAUAAAAGCGCUCUUUCUGAAGAGGAGCAAAAGAUUAUCGAACAAUUCACAUAAUUUAACGAGUUU